CGGAGCCGCAGCCGCAGCCAUGGCUUUUGACCUGGACGAGCGGCUGCAGCGGAGCAACGCCCGCUUCCUGACCUCCAUCCACACCAUCUUGGAGCGGUAUAAUCAUCCUUUUGAAGAUGAUUUACUCAUUUCCAUGGAAACUCUCACUUAUGAUACGCCUGAUGGACCGAAAAAAUGGACAAAAGUGUCAACCAGGAAGCUUAGGAAAUGGAAGGAGGAAGUAUUUGAGCAUAAUAGAGGAAGUCAAAGGAAUGCAGAUAUGUCAAAGCAACAGACUAGUGAUUUUGAAGAUGAACAUUCAACAAUGCCUCAGGUACCUCCUGAGAAAUCUCAUGUGGAUACAUCUGACAUAGAUGAAGAAAGUGAUGCUGAUAUAGCUUCAGUAAGAAGAAAAUUUGAAGACAUUCAUUUCCAGAAUCUGUGUGUAGGUGAUGUGAAUAGUCAAGAGAAUGUAAACAUUCCAGUGGAUGUGAUAGUACAAGAUUAUGCUAGACAAAUUCCCAAAUGGAUUGCGGUAGCACCUCAAGGGGUGUCGGAAAGUCUUCAUUUAGCUUCACCAGUGCAAGAACUCAUUGGCAACCAAGCUGCUGUUUGCAGAGAGAAUGUGGAGUUGUCAAAUAAAUGUUCUUCAUCCAGAUCUCUACAGUUAGAAUUUUCUGGUGUUCCCAUUUCACCAAAUACAAUAACUAUACCCAGGCAUCGACCUUCUCCAGAACUGAAUAAAAGUUGCUAUGACAGUGUCUUGGAAGAAUACCAGUCUGCAGAUGAGGCAUGCUCCUGGAACAAUGUAACUCUUGCAGACUUGUAUCCAGCCAUGGUAGAGACACUUAGAAGGCUCAUGACAAAGCAAUCUUGGAGGCAAGAGUUAAAAUACAUAUUUGGGCAAUUAAGGCACAAAAGACGGCGUCUUAGAAGAGCAAAGCUCAAUGUCACUGUAAACAAAAUAAGAGGGUUCAGACCUCUUAAACUGAGGAAUGCACUACCUAGCAUAUGCAGCAGUAGAAGUGAAGACAUCCAGAAUCAAACUUUCAGAAAUGAGAAUAGAGAACUUUGUGAUGACAUGUGUUCCAUUAACAAUUUAUCUAGUCUAGUACCUUAUUCUUAUACUGAUACAAAUGAAAUCAAAAUGGACUACUCUGACUCAAGUUCAGAACAUCAUUUGGUAUCUGGAGAAGGCCAGAAAGUCUCCAAACAGACUGUUCCUAAUGUUAUGGCUAGAAUGGGAGAUACAUUUCUAGUUGAAGAUGAGUUACAGACUACUGUCUCACUGAAGAAUUCAAAAUGCAAAGAAAGUGAAAAAUUAUCUUACAAAUGUUCCUGGGAAUAUCCUUUUAUGACAUCGGCUGCCAGUUCAGGGUCAACAGCGCUUCAUCUGGUAAAAGAGAACAGAACUCAAAAAAUUGACUUUUCUUGUGGUGAUACCUCAGAGUUGUGUUCCUCUACUUGCAGUUCCUAUGGCAAUAGUAAUGCUUUGACACCUGUCACCCACAGUUCUCUUGCAAGAGCAUCAAAUCCUUUGCUCAUAAAUCCUGAAAAAAUAAUUUCUGAAGGUCGAAUUUCUUUCCAGCGCAAACACUUAUUUUCCUCAUUGUCUAUAAAGCAGAGUCCUUCAAAGAUGCCCCAGAAAUACGAAGAUGCAUUUGAGAAACUCUACUACAAACUGUGUUCCAAAGAAAUCCAAAAACCUUUGACAUUGACCAGACCUCUUGCAAAUUCACAGAACCUUGAAGAGAAAGGAAGAUUAGUGAAGAGUCAUUUAAGUAAUUCUGUGAGGUCCAUUACACAGUAUGAUAGAGAAUUUGACAGGAUCUAUGAGGAAUUGUGUAGUGAGAAUGUUCCAAAACUUCCUGUGUUUCAGAGAGUUUCAAAUUUAAGGAAAUAUGAAGGAAUACGCAUGUCUGAAACUGUAAAUGCUCUUGUUAAUUCACCUGUUCGAACUUUGUCUGCAAUUCCCAGAAUUAAAAGACUAGGAAAUUUUCAAAAUGAUCUUUUUUGUUCACCAGUAAAGCGACUGAAAAAUGUACCAGAGCUUUACUUUUCUUCAACAAAAUAUCAACAGAAUUCUCAUAGAAAAAAUGUUAAUCUUCAAACAGUUGGCAUGGAUUCUUUGAGCACAUACAGUCGCAGUAGCCCCAGCUUGUUUGAUGGUCGCAGCUGUCAGAGUCAGGACUCUGGAUUUCAUGCUUCUUCAGAUAAAACUUUUCUUGUUAUUCCUGGUACUUCCCUGCAAGAAUCUGGGAUUGCAGAUGGCCACUCUGGUUGGUCCAGGGCAGUGAAGAACUACAGCUCUCCCAGAAAUGCACAGAAGUGUCACCAAAGGGUAUCCAGAAAACUAAGUUACACUGAUGGGAAAGAAAAAAAUCCUAGCAAUCCCUUGGAUGACUGCCUGGUCAAAGCUCACCAAGAAGCAUUCCUGGACUGCUACGGAGAAAAUAUUGAUUUUUAAAGUUUGGUUUGGUUUUGUUUUUCUUUCCUCUUCCAAGAAUCAAAGAUGUUUUAUAUAUAUGUAAUAUACAAUUAGUCCUCACUUACACUUUGCGGUAUUAUAAAUCUUCAGGAACUGAUUUGUCCCUUCUGACAGGGCACUUCUUACUCCUCUGGCUUCAUCAGGUAUUGCAGGGUAUCAGGGUUCCUUUCUAUGGUCAGGUUCAAGCUAUGUAUUUACUAGUGUUUAUAAUAACAGAACAUUGUAUUAACUUUUAAUCUGUUGAUAAGCUUUGAUUCUUAACGUAUUAAUAGUAAGAUAAGUAAUAAGCUCUUUCUGCUGCAUUCCUGCUUAUUCAUGCUUUAUAGAUGUAUCAGUAUUAAAUGAAAAAAUCUAAACUGGGCUGGAAAUGCCAGUAUUAUAUACUAUGGCUUGUAAUAUGCCUGCAAUGUAAUUUUAAUAUUAAGUUUUCUAAGUUGCUCACCAAAAAUGAUUGUUUAAUGAAAUUUUAUAAUUUUUAUUGGAUUUGAUAACUAGAUUCCAUGUUCUGACAAAAUUCUA